UCAUCGAUAUGGCAUCUUAAUACAUGUAUUUUCUAUGCGUACGUAUUGUAUGCAUGGCCGUAUCGACUGUGUAACAAUGAAAACACGUUGCUGAGAUGAGAAGAUGAGACAGGAAGAUAAAUAACAACUGGAAUCCCGUCUUCCUUUCUUUGGCCUCCUUGCUUUUAGAAACCAUAUAGUAGAUGUAAAUAUUAGCAGUUUAUGAGAGAGAGAGAGAGAGAGAGAGAACGAGUUUUAGUGCCGAUCAAAACAUGAAGAUUAACGCCAGCUGAAGGGGCAUUAGAAUCAGAGAGAAAUACCUAAGAAUGUGGAGAAUGUGAAGCAGGUUCAGGAAGAAAGUUGUAAUAAAAUGUGGAGAAUGGCACACAAAGAAAACUGACCUAAAAGCUAUUGCUUAGGGAAGCAGAGAGGCAACAUGCAGGGGAGUAUGAUUGAGCCACAAAGCCAAGAGACCGAUGCAGGGGGAGAGAAGGAAGGUAGAAAGAAGGGAACAGGUGAAGCUGGAAAGCACAAGGAAGGUGUUGUGACUGUGGAUGGGGGGUGGUGGUGGAGCCCCUUUUUCCCCCUAUGGAGGCUGCAAGAAUCCAAAUGGGAUCAAGAAGCCUCUCUCUCUCUCUCUCUCUCUCCAACUACAAAUACCACCCCCUCCCUCCUUUCUCUCACUCCUUCUCAGCCUGCCUCUGUCUCUUCCAAGAAGCACAAACCGGCACAAUCUAUCUAUCCCAUCCUUCCCAACUCUCGAGGAAAGGAUACCUUGGACUGCGAGUGCCGUCCUUUUUUGAGUGUACCACAUAGUACAAGGAGGAUGUCGGUGGCUGUCAUGCAAAGCUCAUCGACUACCUUCCUCCUGAGGCGGUCUCGCAGCUUGUUGAGCCAGGAAAGCCUCGAGAUCUGCACCGAGAACCUCGGCUCCGAGACGGGCUCCGAAUACUUCUCCUUCAUGGAUGACCUCGACUACUGCGGUCCACUCCAGGGCUUCGACGUUGAGAAGGAAGAAGAGAAGAAAGAUAGCGAAGAGAAGCACUUCGUUGUACCGGAAGCUGGAGCCGAGGCGAGCGGAGUGCGGCGGCACCAGGCGAAGGAGCUGAAGUCGGUCAACUACCACUGCUACUGCUCCAUUGGCAGGCGGUCGCCACUGAAGUCGUUCCCCCCGCCGCUCCCGUCGAUCUCUCGACGCAAUGGGCCGUGCCUCCACAUGCGGCCUCACCGCCGCGACGGGCGCCUCGUCGUCGAGGCCGUCCUCGUUCCUUGUCAGAACUACCUUCACGCCCAGCGCGUGGACGGCCGCCUCCUGCUCUCCUUCAUCGAUGCCACGUCCGAAGACGAGCCGGGUUAUGAGUCCGAGACCUUACAAUCACGCGAACAACAAGAUGUUGAUGCUAAAGACGAAGAAGUAACCGAUAUAACGCAAUUGGAGGUAGAAUCAGAAGAAAAGAACUGCCGUGAAGAAGAGGAAGAGGAAGAAGAAGAGGAAGUGGAAGUGGUAGACAGGGGCACUGUCGUCGAGGUGAAGGUGAGCAGGCAGCCCCAGCAACAGAGUGGCGCCACCAAAGUGCACCGGUCUUCGCUCGUCAUCAACAAGUUCGUCGGCGGCACGCCGCUGUCGGACGACGACAGCACAAGCAAUCAGAACAAACACAACCGCCGUGUCGCAUCAGCUCCGUCAGCCACGCGGGCAUCACCGACGGCCACCACAGCGGCGGCGGCGUCCACGCUCAGUGCAGCCACGGCAGGCUACAACGAGCACGGCCACGGCGGGCCAUGGGAACACCACUCGCCGCAGGAAAACAAGAUCCUAUUCACUUCCAAGCGGCGGAGCCGCCAGGAGCUGCUGCACAACAUGAGGAGGUGCAGCCAGCUACGGAGGCCGCUGUUCAUAUGGGAGCCCUGUUGCAUUGCCACUUCCUCUUAAGACCACUCGCUAGCAUUCCUAACCAUGUCCAAACCCUCACCGUGUGGUUUGAUCUAUCUCCCCUGUAUCGCAGUCAAUCUUCUUUUCUUCCCACCAAUGAUUAAGUUGGACACUACAAUAGA